GAAAAGAAAAGGGUUAAAGUGCGCAUGCGAGUUUCUGCCUGUCUGCUACAUUGCUAACAAGGAAAAACUCAGGAAGAGAUGAUGGCAGACUCGGGACCCGAGGAAAUAGCGGUGAUCGGGAACACAGACCUCACAUCGGCAGAACUAGAGAACAACAUUAAAAACACGAUGGUCGAGAUUGAGAAAUGGACUAGUCUUCUAAGAAAGAUGGAGAUCAGCGUUGGAGAGGCAGAGAAAAGGACUGGGAAGAAUACAGUCAACAUGCAGGAGAUAUACACUGUUUACCUAAUUGAGACACGGCCGGUUGAUGCUGUGACAGAAGGUAUAAUCCCAGCCCCAGACUCCUUAUGGAGGAGAUACAGCGAGUUUGAGCUACUCAGAAACUACUUGUUGGUCACCUAUCCCUUUGUCGUUGUUGCCCCGUUACCCGAGAAGAGGGCAGAGAUUGUGUGGCACAAGCUGUCAGCGGACAACAUGGACCCAGACUUUGUGGAGAGAAGGAGGGUUGGACUGGAGAACUUCCUGCUCCGAUUAGCCUGCCACCCAGUUCUCUGCAACGACAAGAUCUUCUACAUCUUCCUCACUGAGGAAAAAGGAUGGAAGGAAAUGGUGUACGAGACAGGAUUUCAAGCAAAGGCUGAUUCCAGGUUGAAAGCUAUGAAUGCAGCAUUCAGGGUGAAGAAUCCAGACAAACGGUUUACAGAGCUGAAACACUACAGCGACGAGCUACAGACUGUAGUCUCCCAGCUGCUGAGAGUACGGGCAAGGGUAGCAGAUCGACUGUAUGGGGUGUACAAAGUGCAUGGAAACUAUGGACGAGUCUUCAGUGAGUGGAGUGCCAUAGAGAAAGAGAUGGGAGAUGGACUACAAAGUGCUGGUCAUCACAUGGAUGCGUAUGCUGCUUCUGUAGAUGAUAUUCUGGAGGAAGAGGAGCACUAUGCUGAUCAGCUGAAGGAGUACCUAUUCUAUACUGAGGCACUAAGGGCAGUGUGCAGGAAGCAUGAGUUGACACAGUUUGAGCUGGAGAUGGCUGCACAGGACUUAGCCUCUAAGAAACAGCAGAAGGAGGAGCUGGUCACAGGGACUGUGCGGACGUUCUCACUGAAGGGGAUGACCAGUAAGCUGUUUGGCCAGGAGACUGCAGAGCAGAGGGAGGCUAAGUUACAAGUGUUAGAACAGCAGAUAGAGGAGGGAGAGGAGGCUGUGAAAGAGAAGAACACCGAGAGCGAUGAGUUUGUGAAGACUGCCUGGAUAGACAUUGAGCACUUUAAAGACCAAAAGGACCGGGACCUGAAGGAGGCCCUGAUUAGCUAUGCAAUCAUGCAGAUCAGCAGGUGUAAAAAGGGAAUACAAGUGUGGACCAACGCAAAGGAGUGUUUCAACAAGAUGUGAUCUUCAGGGCCGAAACAGGCCCUCCAAACAAACAGCAAAACAGAACAUGCUUCUUUUCAGGGGACUCCUCCUGGGGAUGCAUCCCAAAUUGCACUCUAUUCCCUAAAUAGUGUGCUACUUUUGACCAGAGCCCUGUGGGGUCUGUUCACUAUAUAGGGAACAGGGUGCUUUUUGGGACAGAUUCCUGGACACAGUCCCUAUGAUCCUUAUGGCAACAUUGAUCCUGUACGCUCAAGAACAAAUAAAUAAGAAUU